AUAUAUAAUUAUUUUGAAAUAUAAAAUUUAAUACGCAGAUUUUGCAGUUUUAUGUGGUUUCAUAGUACAAAGUACAGAUAACCCUUGGGGAUUCCAGUCAGAAAACCAUCGUCAUUUUAAAAAAUAUUGGCUUAUGAUACAUUACAUGGUGAAGUGGCAGUGUCAUCUUCCUCGUUUAUUCGCCAGUUCACAACUUUGAAUUGGCCGACUUUUCACUUUUCAGUUCAGUCAGUCGGUGAUUGUGUUUGUUGCCUGGCGAUCGUUAACAUUGAGUAGCUACAAUCGAAAAAUAUCUAAAAAUAUUGGUGUUGUUUAAGUGGAAUCUUAAAUACAGUUAUAAAUAACGUAUUUUAGGGAAAACCAUUCAUGAACUUUAAUUUUAUUUGACUGUGGAAAAGUGUUUGUAAAUAGCGAAAAUGGUUGAAGCCAGUAAAUUAUGGUUCGAUAAAGCUUGUAGCGCUUGUGAGUGCCAUACAUUAAUUCACCCUUGGACAUAUAGAUGUUCUGAUGCUACGACUACUAUGUUAUAUAGUUGUAUAAAAGGAAGUUAUAAGUUUUAUGCUAUGGUUUAUAUUAUACAAAUAUUGAUGAGGGGUAAAAAAUUAAGUAAAAAAGAUAUAAUUGAACAAUUUAAGUUAUAUUUAAAAUCUGGAAUCUUCGGUCUAACUGUUGGAAGCUCGUUUGUUACAUUGAAUUGUAUAUUUAGAAAAUUAUUCUUUAGCCAGUUUUCAUACUAUGCUACAGUGUUAUUACCGUGCACCAUUAGCGGGUUGGCUGUGUACUUUGAACCGCCUUAUAGAAGAGUACUGGUUGUCAAUUUAUUUGUAAACUUGGUAUUUGAAUAUUGGUUACGGACAUUAGAAGCAAAGGGAUGGUGGCGCCGUUCAGCUGGACGUGAAACUCUAAUAUUCAUGUUCGGUAGUUCUAUCUUCUUCUAUCUUAUGCGAUUAGAAAGAGAGAAUACGAAACGUACACCUCUGUUUUGGUUUUUCACUCCCCCACGAGUCUCUAAGGAAGUUGGUGAACCUGUUAAGGGUAUCGAGGGAAGGAGCCCGGCCUGUCCUCACAGAGGACCCUGUUUGAAUUACAUCUUUAAGGGGGCAGCACAGUUGUUCGGCGUCGGUUGCCUCAUGACAGCUCUAAGAACGAUCAUACCUCGGCUCCUGACGCCAACGAAGGCUUUGAAAUCGUUGAAACUGUCGCACCUGAAGCUCGGACUGUUCUUCGGUGGAUACAUCGGAAUUUAUAGGCUGGUUAUAUGCCUGCUAUGCCGAGCGAACGGCCGAGAUAGCGCGCUAUACGCUCUGACCGCGGGAUUCUUCGCGGGCGCGGCCUUCAGAGCGUCUCCUUCAACACCAAUUUCGCUGGCACCGAUAACAUCUACCUUACAGAUUCUCUUCUCAUGGGCGUACCAAAGAGGCGCUAUACCGGAACACUGGCCGCUCGUUGAGAUACUGUACUGCCUGUGUCAGGGACUCUUGUUCCACGCGAGGGUGAUGCACGAAGACGUCUGCCCCAAGUACAUCAUUAAUUUGAUGCACACAGUCACCAGUAAUAGAGCUGAUGAAGUCCAAGCUGCGUUUAUACAAAAGAUAAGAGCCGCCGGUGGGUAUGAAUGAAGUCGAUAGUUAAAUAAUCACAUUUGAUUACAAUUAAGUUUAAAUAAAAUUAAAAAAAUUAUAUCAAAAAUUGUGACUCCGCUGAAUGCAAGCGAAAUGUGUUUAUAUCUAUAAUUUAUUCCAAUCACAAGAGGACUAAAGAGAAAUAAAACAAUUUUGACGUCGAAUUGACGCGACAUCUUUUGUCGAAAUCUAGAAUAAUCUAUGAUAUUCACUAUGGAUUCCCAAGAAAAGGGUGUUUCAAAUUAUUAGUAAAUGGCGUGGAAUAUGUUAACCUAAGGGUUGUUUAUCUUUUCUCUUUCUUCGAUUGAAAUAGAGUAUAUGUAUACAUGUAUAAGUAUCGCUACUGUGAACGCAAACGGUCGUAAGUAAAAAUAAAUUUCAGACUUUAAAAUCUGAACUUUCCGAAAUAAGGUGAGUAAUGCAAUGAAAUAAAUUCCAAUUUCAAAGUUAAAUGAGUAAUAAAAAUGCAAUUAUUGUGAUUUGAAAACGCUACGAUACAUGUACCUUAUAUGCACUUAGUUACAAUGGAAAAAAUCUAUUAAUAUUUCAUAUAAAAAUACGAAAAAACAACAGAUAUUUAUGCGCUAUUGUAAAAGUACACAAAUGCGACAAACGACUUUUUGCUCUAACAGUGACGUUUUCAAAGGUCAAUACACUGGUCUUACAAGGACUGUAAAAACGAAGUUUUUAUUAUUUGUACGUAUGUCGCUUCAAAGAGCAUCGUUUUUGGCGAUAAGAUCAUAAAUACUGACUUAUGAGCUAUGUUUUUAGUACGAUGAAGCAAUCGUAACGUCAUCUGUUAUCUGUUAAAGAUCUAUUUAAAAGGUAAUUGUAUCGUGUCUAAAAAACAAAUGUGCAAAACUUGAGUGACAGGAUGAUACAUUAAAGGGUUGCCAGUUCAAUUUUAGCUGAGUCGCAUUUUUUGAUAUAAUUCUUUAGGGGUUUGUAAAUCACAUAUUAUAUCUUCCGUGUGUGGAUUAAUAUAUUUACGACCUCACUUAUAAAUGUUGUGUCUUCUUCUUUCGAAUGUCAAAUCAAUGAUGGUAGAAAGAGAUAAAUCAGUGUUUAACUGAACAGUCGUUAAGCAACUUUUAUAAGUAAGGCCGGUAUUAAUAAUAUGUAUAAAAUAAUAUAUUGUUGUUCUUGUAUUAUUUAGGUGCUACAUUUGAUUUGUAUGAUUGAUUUUUUUUUUUGUAAAAAAUUAAAUUGUUAAUAAUAUAUAUAUUUAGAAAAUACAAUUGUAUACAUGGUUGGUGACAUGGCAAUAAAGUUAAGUUGUCAAUAAUAUAACAUAAAUCUUCUUGAACGACAUGCUUUUGUCUAAACGGCCAUUUUAAAACUGCUGUCACCAAUACCAAGUCACGUCACGAAUAAACCUAAGUAGUCAAGAAAAAGUAACUUAAGUUAUUAUAAUUUUUGUACAGAUGAAAUUGAAAGAUACAAAUAAUCUGCUUGAAAUAAAAUUUUGUAUUUAAUCACACGAGAAAUAAAAUUGUAAUUUUUUAUCUAGACCUUCAGUCAACAUAGAUAUACUGCCUAAUCUAUUAACAACCGAUUAUUACAUUAUAUUGUUUCCUAUAUAAAAUUUAAUACCAUUCGAAAAAUAUUAAAGCUAUCGGUUGACUUAGUACUUACUUAAUUAUAACAAUUAACAUAUAAGGCAUUUAUAUUUGAUUUUAGAUCAUUUGAAAUUGGCAACACUACAAGUUUAAUUAUUAAUAUUGUGUUGCUGUUGGUUAAACAAUUAACCCUAUUAAGUUACACCGUAGUUGGAUAAAUUAGACUCAUCGAAGCAGCAGUGAUUUAUUAUCUUUUAACUUAUGACAUUCUUAUCGUAUUGAUAGAAGCCUUUGUAAUGAUUGCAAUAAUUUUCAAUAGGGAAUUUAAUCCUUAAGUAGAAGACCAUAGAGUUGUAUAUUGAUAUGAAUUUUUGUCAGCGUUUGUGUCGUUUGUAAUAAUAGUUACAGAAGCCUUUGUAAUAAUUGCAAUAAUUUUCAAUAGGGAAUUUAAUCCUUAAGUAGAAGACCAUAGAGUUGUAUAUUGACAUGAAUUUUUGUCAGCGUUUGUGUCGUUUGUAAUAAUAGUAACAGCUAUUAUAGAGGAAAAUAGUAUUUUAGUACAGAUUUUAACCCUAGAAAAAUAACCUUAUUAUAUAGUAAAGUAUAGAUACCAUACGUCGCUUCGACGUGUGCACUGAUUGAAGGCAUCCAUUUUAUCUCGAAUGGUGUAUAUUAGGCAAUUUUUAUGCAUUAUAUUGGUUUGUCUAUGUUAUCAUUAUGUAAAUAAAAUAAAAAUAUGGUAGGAAUUUUAUAUACUUAGAGUAAAACAGAAUCACAAAAACAUACUAGAAGCAUAAAAACAAAAAAAAAAAAAGAACACAAAAUUUGAGAUCUUUUUCUAAUGUGUAUAAUUUAAAGUU